CGCUGGGUGAGGGGGGGUGCUCGGCACAAAGAAAGUGGAAAGUUUGCGGCGCUAGGCGGCCCAGGCUAGGGAGCCCGGUGCGCACGUGCUGCUGGGCCAGGGCCACCGAGACCCCCCACGCCGAGCCUGCUGCUUUUUUUCUUUCUGCAAGCUGGGGGGGGGGUGUUGUUGGUAUCGCCCCCUCCUUCUCCUCCCCCCAGGGGUGAAAGUGCAAGAGGAAGUGCAGCCGCUGCCAUCUUUCCUCCGUUCCGAACGCACGGAGCCUGGGGCCGCAGCGCCGCCGCUCCGCCGCCACCCGUGCCUGGCCUGGGGAAGGGCCCACCCUGCCGCUGCCACCCACUCGCUUCGGCCGCCGCCUUCGCCGGGCUCCAAGACCCGGCCUACGCCACCGCCCCCGUGCGCGCCGACCGCCGCUUUCGCCUUCGCCUUUUGUUUCCUUUGCUCCGGAGCCCCCGCCCCGGCUCGCGCUUUGCAGGGGACGCAGCGCGCGCCCCCAGCGGGCCCGGGAAAAGCCUCGGAGCGCGCGCUUGCGCUUGCGCGGCGGACCCCUCCUCCUCUCUGUGCGCGCGCGCGCGCCUUUUGGCUGCGCGCCGGCGCCGCCUGGCGGGCGGGAGGGGUGGUGGCGGCCGCGUUUGCGGGAGGGGCGCACCUCUUCGCUGGUUUGCCCCCUGGAAGGUAGACCGAGAAAGGGAGGCGGGCAGGCGCAGAGUGAGUGCAGCGCCGGGUCCGGCGGGGGGUGGGGUGGCUAUGUGGGGGGCAGUGCACCGCUGGGUCUAGACGUUCUGAUUCGGGCAGGGGGCGUGUGCGCUGGGCGCACCUGCGAGGACUACCGAGCCCGGGGCCGCACGUGCGGGGAGUGUGACUUGUCCGCUCAGCCAGGCGUCUUGCUGCCUAGGGGAAGGGACUGGGGACCGGCGGGUGCCCGGCCCGGCUAGCGGGGAGCGGGCAGCGGCCAUGGAGCGGGUCAACGACGCUUCCUGUGGCCCGUCGGGCUGCUACACCUACCAGGUGAGCAGACACAGCACGGAGAUGCUGCACAACCUGAACCAGCAACGCAAAAACGGCGGGCGCUUUUGCGACGUGCUCCUACGGGUGGGCGACGAGAGCUUCCCGGCGCACCGAGCCGUACUGGCUGCCUGCAGCGAGUACUUUGAGUCUGUGUUCAGCGCCCAGUUGGGCGACGGCGGAGCUGCAGACGGGGGUCCUGCUGAUGUAGGAGGCGCGGCGGCGGCUCCGGGCGGCGGAACUGGAGGCAGCCGCGAGCUGGAGAUGCACACCAUCAGUUCCAAAGUGUUCGGAGACAUCCUGGACUUCGCUUACACGUCCCGAAUUGUAGUGCGCCUAGAGAGCUUCCCUGAGCUCAUGACGGCCGCCAAGUUCCUGCUGAUGAGGUCGGUCAUCGAGAUCUGCCAGGAAGUCAUCAAACAGUCCAAUGUGCAGAUCCUGGUGCCCCCUGCCCGGGCUGAUAUCAUGCUCUUUCGCCCUCCUGGGACCUCUGACUUAGGCUUCCCUUUGGACAUGACCAACGGGGCAGCCUUGGCAGCCAACAGUAACGGUAUUGCUGGCAGCAUGCAGCCCGAGGAAGAGGCUGCCAGGGCCACAGGUGCAGCUAUUGCAGGCCAAGCUUCUCUGCCUGUGUUACCUGGGGUGGACCGCUUGCCCAUGGUGGCUGGACCACUAUCCCCCCAACUACUGACUUCUCCAUUCCCCAAUGUGGCAUCCAGUGCUCCUCCACUGACUGGCAAGCGAGGCCGGGGACGCCCCAGGAAGGCCAAUCUGCUGGACUCCAUGUUUGGCUCUCCAGGGGGCUUGAGGGAAGCAGGCAUCCUUCCCUGUGGCCUGUGCGGGAAGGUGUUCACUGAUGCCAACCGGCUCCGGCAACAUGAGGCCCAGCACGGCGUCACUAGCCUCCAGUUGGGCUAUAUCGAUCUUCCUCCUCCAAGGCUGGGUGAGAAUGGGCUACCCAUCUCCGAGGACCCCGACGGCCCCAGAAAGAGGAGCCGGACCAGGAAGCAGGUGGCUUGUGAGAUCUGUGGCAAGAUCUUCCGUGAUGUGUACCAUCUCAACCGGCAUAAGCUGUCCCACUCUGGGGAGAAGCCGUAUUCGUGCCCGGUGUGUGGUUUGCGGUUCAAGAGAAAAGACCGCAUGUCCUACCAUGUGAGGUCCCAUGAUGGCUCAGUGGGCAAGCCGUACAUCUGCCAGAGCUGUGGGAAAGGCUUCUCCAGGCCUGAUCACUUGAACGGACAUAUCAAGCAGGUGCAUACUUCUGAGCGACCUCACAAGUGUCAGACCUGCAAUGCCUCUUUUGCUACUCGAGACCGCCUGCGCUCCCACCUGGCCUGUCACGAAGACAAGGUACCCUGCCAGGUGUGUGGGAAGUACCUGCGAGCAGCGUACAUGGCAGACCACCUGAAGAAGCACAGUGAGGGGCCCAGCAACUUCUGCAGCAUCUGUAACCGAGGUUUCUCCUCUGCCUCCUACUUAAAGGUCCAUGUUAAAACCCACCACGGUGUUCCCCUUCCCCAGGUCUCCAGGCACCAGGAACCCAUCCUGAAUGGGGGAGCAGCGUUCCACUGCGCCAGGACCUAUGGCAACAAAGAAGGCCAGAAAUGCUCACAUCAGGAUCUGAUUGAGAGCUCUGAUUCCUAUGGUGACCUCUCAGACGCCAGUGACCUGAAGACACCAGAGAAACAGAGUGCCAACGGCUCUUUCUCCUGCGACAUGGCAGUCCCUAAAAACAAGAUGGAGUCUGACGGGGAGAAGAAGUACCCAUGUCCUGAAUGUGGGAGCUUUUUCCGUUCUAAGUCCUACUUGAACAAACACAUCCAGAAGGUGCAUGUCCGGGCCCUGGGGGGCCCCUUGGGGGACCUAGGCCCUGCCCUUGGCUCACCUUUCUCUCCCCAGCAGAACAUGUCUCUUCUCGAGUCCUUUGGAUUUCAGAUUGUUCAGUCAGCGUUUGCGUCAUCUUUAGCGGAUCCCGAGGUGGACCAGCAGCCCAUGGGGCCUGAAGGGAAGUGAGACAUGCCGUGUCCCCACAGAACAGCUGUUGGGGGCUGCUGAGAAUGCUGUGAAUGCGGAGGGAAGUGAUGUCUUUGGGUUCUGUAGCUGAGAGAUUCUUAUUCAUUUUUAAACCCCCCUCCCUCCCCUCCCCCCCCUCCCUGUCCAUCACCUAUUCCUCCCAGUGGUCUUAGAACUAGACUCUCAUCUGAUACUCUGCAGAAAUAUUUGAGAGACCUGGUGUGAGACAAGGGCAGAAACACUACGCAGGCCUCUGUGGCAGCAUCAGUUCUGGUUCCUCUAGUUCUGAGUCAGAACGUCUGGUGUGCUCAGCUCUUGGUGAUCCCAAACCCAACUCCAAGGCCUUCUUGGACCUUGGUGGUUUUGGUCCCUCCUCCUUCUUUCAUUCCUCACCCCCCCCCUAGAUCCUCAAAGAGAUUACAGUUGGGUCUCUACCCUCUUAUGGCCAACUAUUUUUAAGGAAGCAGAAACCUCCAACAUCCCAUGGACCACAGGACGCGUGUCCUCUGAGAGCCCUGUGAGGUUGGCCCUGGUCUUCCUGAGCUGCUGGAAGCUAACAUUUUACUGCCAGGACAAGCUCAUCUACUGAGGACACCUCUACCCCAAAUUCCAGUUUCUUACUUGAUUUUAACCAUUCAACUUGCUGUUGGGCUUUGAUUCUCCAAUUCUUAUUGUUAUUUUUAGGAGCAGUUGUAGUGAAUUGCUACUGAAAGCUACCCCAGGUGACACAGCUCUUUGUAAACCGCAGUCACAAGUUAGGGUUAGGAUUAAACUUUGUUUAGAUGUACCAUAAUUAACUUGGCUAGUUGUUUGAAGUCUAUGGAAUAAAUAGUUUUAUGCAAAAUUUAAAAAAAAAAAAAUUCUAGUCUGAUCAGGAAGAGGUCUCAGUGGUGUGGGGGCCAGGAAGGUGGAGGAGCCUCUGGUAGAGACACUGUGUACCUUGGUUGUAUUACACUUGAGCAAGCCCAGGCUGACCUUGCGAUGUGAAGUGAUCUGAUCAGACUAUAUUAAAAACAUUAGUAUGAUACUC